AUGACUACCGGUCCAUUAUUAUUCGCUUCUACUCCAGACGGUUUAUUGUUUAAACCAGCUGUAACUGAAACUAUCACUGAAGAUGAUAUUAAGAAAACUUUCAAUGAUGUUUUACAAUUUUCAAAUCAUGACCAAGGUGUUAAAGUUGUUGGUCAAGAGGAAUUCCCAACCACCGGUAACAUCACAGAAAUCGCUUGUUUAUUAGGUUUCAUUAGAUUAAAAUUAAACAGAUACGCUAUUGUGGCUAAUUCCGUAGAGGAAACUGCCAGAUUCAAUGGUGAACCAGUCUACAAGAUCACUCAACAUUCUAUUAUCCCAGUUCAAGAUUCUGCUAGAAUAGAUGCCGAUGAACAAGAGUAUAUCAAAUUAUUAAACUUACAAUUGAAUAAUGCUCAAUUAUAUUUCUCAUACACUUAUGAUUUAGUAAAUACAAGACAAAGAAGUCAAAAAUUCAGAACAUCUAUUGAAGAUAAAAUUGACUGGAGGAAUGCCGAUACUAGAUUUUUUUGGAACCAUUACUUAACAGAAGAUUUACAAACUUUAGCUAGAGAGGAUCCAAAGGUUGAUUACUUUAUUCAACCAGUCAUUUAUGGUUUCUGUAAAGCUAUCCGUACCGUUUUUAACUAUAAUCCAAUCACUUUAGGUUUAAUCACCAGACGUAGUAGAUUCAGAGCCGGUACUAGAUACUUCAGACGUGGUAUUGAUGAAGAUGGUAACGUUGGAAAUUUCAAUGAAACUGAACAAGUAUUGUUUGUCGAAGCUACAGCUUGUAAUGCACCUCUUGAAAGUUUCUCUUUCGUUCAAACAAGAGGUUCAGUCCCUGUCUAUUGGGCUGAAGUUAAUAACUUAAAAUAUAAGCCAAAUUUAUUCCUAGGUGAUAAUGAUGUUGCAUCAAAUUACGAAGCUACCAAAAAGCAUUUCGCCGAACAAGAAAAAAUAUAUGGUGACAAUUAUUUAAUUAAUUUAGUUAACCAAUCUGGUUAUGAAUCACCAGUUAAAAAUGCUUAUGAACAAGCAAUUAAUGCCUUAAAUGAUCCAAAAUUACAUUACAUUUACUUCGAUUUCCAUCAUGAAUGUCGUAACAUGAAGUGGAACAAGGUCAAAAUAUUAAUUGACGUGUUACAAAAGAAUGGUUUCAAAAGUUCAAAUACCUUCCACAAAGUUGAAAAUGCAGCUGGCGAAACUGUUAGAAUUUCCUCCGAACAAGACGCAGUUAUCAGAACAAACUGUAUGGAUUGUUUGGAUAGAACAAAUGUUGUUCAAUCAGUUAUAGCCCAUUGGGUUCUUCAAAACGCUUUUGAAGAAUCUAACUGUAUUUUAGAUCAAUCCCAAUGGGCUGAUAUUGACAAGUCUCUAUUGGAAGCUUUCCAAAACUUAUGGGCUGAUAAUGCUGAUGCUGUUAGUGAAUCUUAUUCAGGUACUGGUGCAUUGAAGACUGAUUUUACAAGAACAGGUAAACGUACUAAAAUGGGUGCUUUCAAUGAUUUAAUCAACUCCAUCUCUCGUUAUUAUCAAAACAAUUUAACCGAUGGUCCAAGACAAGAUUCCUAUGAUUUAUUUUUGGGUAACUUCAAGCCAUAUAUUUCUUCUAUUCAAUCAGCAUUCCCUGACAGAAGACCAUUAUAUGUCCAAUUUAUCCCAAUCAUUUUGAUUGCUGCAAUCACUGUUCUUUUCGCUACUAUCUUAUUCCCAAAAGGUUAUUUUACAAGUUCUAAGAACUUAACUUUCUUCCUCAUUGCCUCGAUUACGAUAGUUGCUUUAACUAGCUUUAUCUUCAAACAUGGUAUGCAAUUUGUUAACUGGCCUAAAUUAUCUGAUAUCGGUUUCUUGGUCGUACAAGAAACUCAUGACAAAGAACAGCAAUUCAAGGGCUUAAAAUAUGUCGUUAGUCCAAGGUUCUCCAAACCUACAAAUAAUAAGAAAGAUUAG